CGCUGGCCUUCCUCCAUCUUUGCCACCCAUGUUCCCAUUUCCUUCUCCUUCUUCACACCCUCAUCUUCAUCUCUAGUCUCUACUAUCGCCAUUCAUAAUUAGCCCCGCAUAAGGCUUAAUCUAGAACUACUCCUAAUCCAGACCCUCCGCGUACCAGAAUGAAUUAAACCUUGGGGAUUUUGUUUCUCAUGAUUCAUGGUAAUAUGGAAACCUUUUUCCCGGUCGACUCCAUGUUUCAAAACCAUCAAGAUCAUGACCGCCUUCCUUCCAGCAAUAAUCCCUCUGCCCCUUGCACGGCACAUCAUGACUUCCCUGGCAUUUCUGGUGCCCUGAUGAGGAGAUCCAUGUCGUUUUCUGGGGUUGACAUGUCUGAAGAAGCGCUGCGUCUAGAAGAUGACAUGUCUGACGACGGCGCUGCGCCACUUGGGGAGAAGAAGAAGCGGCUCAACUUGGAGCAGGUGAAGGUGCUCGAGAAAAGUUUCGAGUUGGGUAGCAAGCUUGAGCCAGAGAGGAAAAUGCAGCUAGCCAGGGCUCUGGGGUUGCAACCAAGGCAAGUCGCCAUAUGGUUCCAGAACAGGAGAGCUAGAUGGAAGACUAAGCAAAUGGAAAAAGACUAUGAGGUUUUGAAGAGACAAGUCGAAAUACUCAAGGCUGACAAUGAACUCCUCAGGGCUCAGAACAAGCGAUUUCACUCUGAGCUAGUGGCUCUACAAAGCGUGGAAUUAAGUGCUGCAGUAGAACCAAUCAAUUUGAAUAAUAGAGAAAAUGAGGCUUCUUGGAGCAGUGGAAGCCGCGAAAACAGCAUUGAUGUCAACUUGGGUACCACAUCAGUAGAAACUGGACUUAUAAUCCCAAACUCUCAUCCGACCAGUAAUCAUAUGCCAUUUCCUUCAACAAUGGAGCAACCUGCAGUUGGUCCAACUCAUCAUCUCCUCCAGGCCUCACUGGGACCAGAUCUCCAAGGUCCUAGGAUCGAUCAGACCACCUCGGAUGAAGCCUUAUGCAACGCGUUCAACAAUAUUGAGGAACAGCCUAGUUUUUCUCCAUGGUCGACAUGGCCAAACCAGCAAAAUUUUCGUUGAUUCAAUGGUAGUAUUGUCCUUUCUUUUUUUUUUUACCAGAAUUCCGGUAUACCAUGAUCAGUAGCGACAUACACCCAGCCCUGACCUUUAAUUUGUGAAAAAAUUACGUACUCGAUAUCUGUACCAGUUAGAAGUAUUUUUACUACCAAAUUCAAUUUUCGAUGAUUACAGAAACUGCUA